UUCCCAUUUUAAGUGGUCAGUGUCGAUGAAAACUGAAAACGUUUGGUGUUAGAGAGCACUAUGAAUUGCCACCACCCAUGUCAGCACGUGUAAUAAAGCUAACAGCAAUAUUACAGCAGCAGGACUCGACCUAUGACCGGCGCUGAUACUCCACGGUCCCUCACAGCUGACUGACCGACAGACGCACACAACAACACACACCCGGAAAACACCCGCCGUUCAUCAUGGAGCGAAAAGUGGCCAGGGAAUUUCGGCAUAAGGUGGAGCUGCUGAUUGAUAAUGAAGCAGAGAAGGACUAUCUGUAUGAUGUUCUCCGCAUGUACCACCAAUCCAUGGACAUUCCUGUCCUGGUCGGCGACCUGAAGCUGGUGAUAAAUGAGCCCAAACGUCUUCCGCUGUUUGAUGCCAUCAGACCCCUGAUUCCUCUGAAGCACCAGGUGCAGUACGACCAGCUCACGCCCAAGAGAUCCAGGAAGUUGAAGGAAGUCCGUCUGGAUCGCACACAUCCUGAGGGUCUGGGUUUGAGUGUUCGAGGUGGGCUGGAGUUCGGCUGUGGCCUCUUCAUAUCACAGAUAGUCAAAGAUGGACAGGCUGGAAAUGUCGGCCUGCAGGUUGGCGAUGAGAUUGUACGUAUUAAUGGCUACUCCAUCUCCUCCUGCAUUCAUGAAGAGGUCAUCAAUCUCAUUAAGACCAAGAAGAUUGUGUCUCUGAAAGUCCGCCACGUGGGAAUGAUUCCUGUCAAGAGCUCCUCUGAAGACCCUCUGAAGUGGCAGUUUGUGGAUCAGUUUGUGUCUGAAUCAGGGGAGAAAAAGACUAGUGUGGCUGGUUUGGCUUCAUUUGGAGGGAAAGAAAUCAAGGAAAAGAAAGUUUUCCUUAGUUUGGUGGGCACCAAAGGCAUGGGAAUCAGCAUAUCUAGUGGACCAACACAGAAACCAGGCAUCUAUGUGAGCAAUGUGAAGCCGGGAUCAGUCUCAGCCGAAGUGGGCUUACAGGUUGGCGACCAGAUUGUGGAGGUCAAUGGGGUGGAUUUCACCAACCUCAGUCAUCAAGAAGCAGUGCGAGUGUUAAAGAGCAGCAGGAGUCUAACCAUCACUGUCCUCACUGGAGCUGGAAGAGAGCUGUUUAUGACGGAUGAGGAGCGGCUGGCAGCUGAAGCUCGUCGUGAGCUUGAAAGACAAGAGCUAAUGCAUCAGAAGAGAGUGGCAUUAGAGACCAACAAAAUCAUCAAAGAACAGCAGGAGAAAGAACGCCAGAGGAAGAUGGAGAUAUCACAGAAGACUGCAGAGGAAGAAGAACGCCAUCGCAAAGAGAUGGAGAGAAUUGAAUCCGCGGAAAAGAAGCACCACAAAGAGUGGGAAGAAGAUUGGGGUUCCAAAGAAAAAUCCAAAUCUCCUUCCCCCUCCCCCUCCCCCCCACCACCUGCACGUAACACACCUUCACCCAAACCCAAAACCUCCACGUUCGGUUGGUUCUACCGUUACGAAGGAAAGUUGCCUACACUCAAAAAGAAAGGAAAAGAGACCAAAAAGAAGAAGAAGAUGUCCAAGACUGACACUCUCCCAGCUGAGAAAAAGAACAAGAAAGAGAUGGAGUUUGAGCUGAAACUUGCAAAGGAGAAGGAAGAGAUACUUGAGCGGGAGAAGCAGAUGAAAAUCAGCAGACUUCUGCAAGAGGUGUCAGAAACUGAGAGGGAAGAUCUGGAAGAGUCGGAGAAGGUGCAGCAUUGGGUGGAGAGGCUCUGUCAAACCAGAUUAGAGCAAAUCUCCUCAGUUGAAAAUGAUUCUCCAGAGAUGUCUCCAACCCGUUCCCCCUCGUCAACUGGUCCCACCAAUCGGAGGUUCCCUGGAGGAUUGACCUUGGCCACUACUGACCUUGAUGACAUCAAUUUAGAUGAUGUGGACCAGAGUCUAAGGCAACCUUUGAAAAGACUAGCCCCAACCCCACCUACAUCCAACCAAGCUCCCCGUCCCUUACCACUCCCUCCACCCUCACCCCGUCUUUACCACACAUCCAACUAUCGCCCUCCAUCUCCAAGAACACAGCUCCCAAUGCAACCCAGUCCCAGACCAGCCCCUCAACGCCCACCUUCUCCACCAGCCACUAGGGUACCCCCUUCCUCAAUAGGUCGUAGCCGACAACCUCCUGCCACCCCACUAUUCUCCUCCAGGGGUCUGUCCUCAUCUCAGCCACCUCCCCCGCCACCACCUCCUCCCCCUCCACCACCACCACCUCCUCCUCCACCACCUCCUCCACCCCUGCACAUGGAGGACAAGUACCAUGUAGGGCCGUCCAACUAUCCCCGCUCCCCAAGCUUAUCCGAACAGGGAAGCAGGUUUGGGGACAAUGGUUACCGACAGAGAGGGGGCUUCCACUCCACCAUUCCCAGUGAUCUCUCACGCCCACCCAGCCCGAAGGUGAAGAGAAACACAUCUCAUGCUAGCAGGAUAUCCACCUCUAAUAAUCCAAUGAAAAUUGCCCCCAGCCCUCCAAACCAGCGGAGACAGAUAAACCCUGUCAUGUCCAAACCCGUCAUGCUACCAAGUCAGACCUCACAUAGACCCACACUUCGCUCUGAGACCAUGCCCCCAGAGAUGCUCAAACGGAUGGUCACGUACAACACGUCCUUUAAAUCCAACAAGAAACAAGGAUUUCAAAAAUAUGUGGAUGAUUUUGACCCAUAUUCCAUGUUCAUGGCUGAGGAGAUAGCUGACAGAGAUGUACGACUUUUGAGAAUUAAGAAGGAAGGGAAGCUUGAUCUGGCCAUAGAGGGAGGAAUCGACUCCCCAUUGGGAAAGAUUGUGGUGUCGUCCAUCUAUGAGGGAGGUGCGGCAGAUAAACAUGGUGGUGUCGUGUCAGGUGAUGAGAUCAUGGCUGUGAAUGGAAAGAUCCUGACGGAUGUGACUUUAGCUGAAGGACAAACCUCAUUGGCUCAGGCCUGGAACAGUGGAGGGGACUGGAUUGACCUGGUCAUCGCAGUGUCUCCACCGAAGGAAUAUGAAGAUGAAGUCCCUAAAGCAGCAUCAGUCAGACCCACUGCAAAGAAAAAGGUUUUCCAAGGAAGUGCCCCUGUGUACAGACAGGGCUACGUCCUUCAGAUGAGGACCCCCCAUCCCCCAACCUGAUCACCACUAGCCCAGUGGUAAAAGCCCCCCAAACCCAUCCAUACCAUUCUGCAGUGUUCUGCAUCAUGUACAUGUGACAAUCUCUUUGUCAAUCUAGAAACCCACCCAGAUGUUUUCAGUUGGGGAUUUCCUGUGCUAAUGAUUCAGUUAUGCAAUAGUCAAUACUCUUGUUGACAAGGCUGUGCAGUCGUUCUGAUUGAUGUUGUUCAAAGGGACUGUUACAUGUCAUGGCUCGUGCAUUGAUUAUUACUGCUUUGAUCGGUUUUGCUACUGCAUGCUACUAUAAAUGUCUAUAGCACUACUGUGUGUGGAUUCGUGAAAAGAUACUGCCAUUGGUUCCCCAGAAACAAUCUUUGAAACUAAAACAGUUGACAGGGGAAUACAGAUGCUCAUGAAAACAACAUUUGUGUUUGAAAGCACUUAUUGCUGCGCCACAGGUAAUGGUGUGGUGGUUGCAGCAGAUAGUAAUUGUGCCUGGGAUAUUUCAUCCAAAAAUGCAAUUCUGUUAUCAUUUACUCACCUUCAUGUCAUUCCAGACCCAUACGAUUUUCAUUCAUCUUUGAAACACAAAAAGUGCAUUUUUAAAAUAAAGUCUUGAGAGAUUUCUGUUUGCCCAUUGAAAGUCCAUUCCAUUAAAAGUCCAUGAAUC